UACACAACAACGAAAAACCUACAUAUAUACACAUAAAAAUCCCGUACGUGUGUGUGUGCGUGACUCUGUGUGCAGCAGUCGUUGGCGUCUGCCCGUACUCCAUAUAGCCAUAUAUUAUUGCGCUGCGCUCUGCGCGCGGGCCUAUAUAGCAGUAGAGGAGUCUCGAUGUGCCUCUGCUAUCUCGUUGCUGCGACCGCCGCCGCCGCCACUGUCGUCGUCGUCGUUCUUUGGCGUAUAUAUUCGCGCACCACGACGGAGUCGCGGACUGCUGCUGCUAUACAGCACGCCAAACAAAACCCGUCGUCAUUUUCGCACGUAAACGCGAGUGUGUGUAGUGUAUAUACUGCGUUUACUGUCCGUCCGUCGUCCGUCAGUUGCGAGCCGGCCACUACGCGUCUCGGUACGUGUGUGCUCGUUGUUUUUUCCGAGAACACCUCUGACCGUUGCCCCGUUCAAGUUGGCCCCGCAGAAAUUGCCAGUAUAGUGCCUUCCGUAUUAUCAUAUAUAGUGUUGUUCAGUGUGCGUCUGUUGUCAGAGAGAGCGAGCGCGUGCAGACAUUUAUAUUUUGCACGAUGUAAAGUUAGAAAGUAAAAACUUGGACCGUGUGUCGCGCAGUGGUGUGCGCGAGUGUGAAGCAUAUAAUAUAUAUACGAGACUGGAUCUCCGUUGCAGCGUAUAGACUUUUUCCAGUGUCCGUUUUUUUUUUUUUUCGUUCCUUGUGUUUGGACGUUUUUUGGCAUUUGCUCGCCGGUAUAUACAGACGUCGAGUGCGUAGUAGCAGUAGUUAAGCUGUAGUACACAACGUGCCGCGAGAGGAGAUCGCGCGUCGCUUCUCGUCGACAAAGGAUAAUUCGGCGAAAAAGAAAGCACAGAGCGCGUAGGUGCGCGCGCGCUCGCCCCGCUGCCUGACUGCCUGCCUGCCUGCGUUUGCUACUGCUAUAACUGCCAACUGCUGCUGCUGCCUGUCUUUUUUCGCAAUUUGGCGCCGGCCGAUAUUAUACGCUGUACACAAGGCCACCUAAGGGACAUCGUCUCGGGAAAGCCCGUCGUCGUCGUCGUCGUCGAUCGUCGUUGUGUCGCGCCAUGAUAGCGUCGCGCCUGCAGCAGCAACGACGACGUUAUUACAAUAAUAAUACCGAGCCUUCUGUUUUUCGCCUACUCAAGACGUAGUAUAGCAGUACGUCGAGCGUCCGAGGCGCUUAUAAAGCCGCCUCUGGUCACUGGUCGUGACAAUCUCCAGCAGCAGAACGUUUUCGCGGCAGACGGCGGGUUUUUAUACAUACACAGUGUAUCCUUAUAUAUUUUUUAUAUAAAAAAAAGCCAUAUACAACGUACAAGUGCCACAGUUCGUCUAACAUAUCUGCGAUAUAUAUGUAAUAUAUACCGCGGUGCCAAACGGCUCGGCCGCAGAAACACACACGCUUUGUUUUGCGACGACCGUGUUUUGAUAUACAUAUAGUACACACGUAUAGUACGCGAGGGCAGACGCUGCUCUCUCUCUGUCUUUCACACUCGCUCUCUCGUGUGUGUGUGUAAGAGCAGCCCCGAUAUCUAUCAUGUCGGCUACCAUCUCGAGCCGGCCGCUGCAGCAGCAGUGCAGCGAGCAACAAGUGGAAGCCGCCACUGCACUCGCCGACGUCUCCACCAACCGGACGAUGUUUUGGCCGCAACAGAAUCAACACUUCUCUUGCACCUACCAAUAUGAUAUGGGCCACAAUGGAGCUAUGCUGGAUAUGUUGGCAGAAGUCGCUUCGCAGACUCUUCACUGCGAAAAGAAGCUCAGCGAAAUAGACUCAAAGAAAGCCAAUAGUAAAAAGAACAAAAAUCAAAAGAGUCAACCGACGAAUCAGAAAAGUCCCAAAAUUCAGAAAGUUCAAAAGAACCAAAAAAGUCAGAUAAAACAGUCAUCGACUUAUACUGUCACACAGUUACUUUCUAUGCCUGCGACGCAGCUAGUCAAAUUAUUUACUGUAUUUAGCAGCGACGAGCUAAGAAAGUUGUAUUCUUAUUCCUGUGCAUUAGUACCUGGAUGCGGUGAAAACUUUACCAGUUUCGCAAGCGAAGAGAGAGCCAAUGUAUCUAUAAAAUCUCAUUUAGCCGACCAUUUAAAAUUCCUACAAAAUAAUGCAGAAACAUAUUCUACAUUCACAGCUACGGCAGUCAAUGAUGCCAUGAUCAAAGUAAAACCAACUCCGAUCAGAAAAGUUGAGAAAAAAGUAAAAGUUCAACCAUUAAAAAAGCCUUUGAAAGAAACACUUAACAAAGAAAACAAAGAUAUUAAGACAACCAAAACUGCUAAUCAAGUACGUAAAAUUUUACCAAAACAAGUCAAUUUGAAAGAAGUGGAAAAUAAUACUGAAGAAGAAAAAGUUGUUGAACAACACGAAGUAAUUAUACCAGAAGCAAAGAAAGAAAUCUCAGAAAUAAAAGUACUAGGUGAUCAUAGUUACUUUGAAACAAUUAGACAAGAAAAUAUUAUUGAAGAACCUACAACAAUAACUGAAGUACCUGUAAACUCGUCAUCCAAUGAAAAUAUCAUGUUAAUGGUAGUAGAGACUAAUGGAGUUAGUGCAAAAGACUCAUCUGAUACUAUAGAAAAUCUACCAAGCCCCAUGAAUGCCGAAGAUAAUCAAGUACAAGAAGACAUGACUCUCUGGAAAGAUGAACCAGUGAAUGCUAAGGCUCCAGAUUCAUUCAUGCCAGCUAAACCCAAAGGAAAAGCAAAGUUCAUAGGCACUAGUAAAGAAGAACGAGAAAUGGCCUUGAUUUUAAUUGAAAAAAUUAGAAAGAAAGGAAAUCCUACUGGAAAUAACCUUCAAUGUCGAAUAUGUGACCCACCUCGUAGUUUUACAGCUCCAACAACUUUGGUUUCACAUUACCGUAGUCAUGCUGGUAUCAAACCAUAUGAAUGUAGAAUUUGCAAGGCUGUUUUUACACGAAGACACAGCCUUAAGUAUCACAUGCUAAUACAUCAAAAUCAAACACGUUUUACUUGUGCUGAUUGUGGAAAAAAAUUCAGACAUCCAUCGCAUUUCCGAGAACAUCGCCGAAGACACACGGGAGAAGCACCAUUCGGUUGUGAAGAUUGCGGUCAAAGAUUUAAAACAAGAAAUACCUACAAGCGUCAUUUAAAAACUCGCCAUGGAAAAGUGCUCACAAUAACUGGAGAACUACUUCACUUAUCAGAAGAGGAUUCUAAAAAAGUCAAGACCAAAAAUCGCCGAAAAAAGCAAAGUAAUAUUGACAACAUCAUAAAUGAAACUGCUACUGCAACAGAAUCUAUCAUUGACUCCUUACAAAAUGACAAUUAUACGUGGGAAGAUCAACAAGCUUGUAAUAGUAUCAUUGAUAACAAUGUGGAUCAAUGCAUCGAUAAUACUAUUUGGAUGUAUGAAGAAAAUCCUGUUGAAGAAGAAAACUUUACAGAAAUUCAAGACAAAUCACCUAACAUGAAGACUGACAUUAACGAGACUGAAAUAGAAGGUAAUUUUGAUAGCAAUGAAUUAGUCAUUGCACAAACUGGUUCUGAUGGCAUGUUGCAUUUUCAAAACUAUAACUGCGCACAAAAUAGAGUUUAUGCAGAUGGUAAUACCAUUCAAUUUUCUUGCGAAGAUAGCAUUUGUACAGAUAUGACAGAGAAUGUUAAAUCAUUUGAAAAUCAAGGAGAAACUAUUGUUGAAUAUCAAGAGAGUGUUGAUAAUUUUAAUGAAGCAAUAGAUCAACCUAUUUUUACACCGAAAGAAGAGCCUGUAGAUAGUCUUUUUGUACUUGAAAACGAAGAAGUUAUUACUGAAACAAUUGAAGAUUCUGAAAUGAAGGAAUUGAUUUCCACUACUGAAUCUAAUGAAGAGAAAGAAGCUACACCUACUGAGACUACUUCGGAAGAACAAACAGUAAAAAUAAUACCUUGCCAAGUAAAAGUUAGCGAUAACGGCGGUGCAACAACUUUGCAAUUCUUGAAGAAUAGCAAAAUUCUAGGAAUUAAAGGACAAAGCAUCAACCUUAUCCAAAAUGGUAAACACCAAACAUAUUUACUUCUAGCCAGCAAUGAUAACAAUAUAUUGGAGUUUGAUAAUAGUGUUAUCGGAGGAUCAAAAUCACUGCCUGUGAUUCCUGUUCCAGCUGAAUGAAAAACAAUACACAUAUAUUAAUAAGUGAUGUCUUUGGCAAAAUUGAUUUCAUGUUGUAAUUAAAGAAUUUCGUAAGGUUUCUAUGAGAUAAUAUUUAGAUAUUGUAUUCAACAAAAUCUAUUUAUAAUGAUUUAAAAGACAAAAAUUAUUUAAAAUCGAAGAAUAACUGACUCCAAUACUAUAAGUUAACAUUUUUGCAAUGAUAGAAUCGUACGAUUAUUUAUAAAUAAGUAGCGUUUGAGUUAAAUAUACAUCAUAUUGGUUACUCAGUUUCAUCUUUUGUGUACGUUAUCAUAUUUUUUGGUACAAAAAAGUAUUGUAACCAAAAUUAUAGUCAUACAGUUUGUGAAGAUGAUUAUGUAUUGAAAAUUUCGAAUUUUUAAAAUUUUAAAAAUUUUUAAAAAGAAAAAAAAGAGAUAACGUGAUUAUCUCUUUUAAGGAACAUCAAUACUUUUUUGUCAUGUAGCUUGGGACACUUGUUGCAACGCGCAUCAUAACAAUUACUUUCUUCUGUUGCUCAAGUUUGUCUUCCAAUCGCAGAAUUUUAAAAAAUUUGAUUUUGUAACUAAUAAUCGCAUAAAUUGGAAUAAAAUUAAAACUAUUUCAAGACAAAUUAUUAUUUCGAAAUGUAAUUGUAUCGAAAAAAAAUUAUAUUAUUGAACACGUAAGGAUCUUAUAAGUCGAAAUAAUUUUGGUAAAAUACCAAAUAAUUAAGCAACGAAUUUGAGAAUUAUUUAUUGGUAUAUGUAUUAGUUAUGCUUAGGCGCCAUCAGCGCGAAAGUUUUUCAUUUAAAUUGAACAAAAAAAAAGUUACAGUCAUAAUGAGAGGCUUUCCUAUUAUCAACGCGCUAGAUUUCUCAUUCAUAGUUGCGAUAAGAAUCGCAAAAACAUUGAAAUGCUUCAUAAUAACAUAUGUGAAAUGUGCCUUAUUACACGAAAAAAAGCAAUUGUCAAAUUGAUUCAGUAAUUAUUUCAGCGUUCUUAUGAUGAAAAGAAAUGAGAAUACAUUUAUUUAAGUCAUUUAUCCAUUAAUAGAUGUAAGAAACCUUAGGAUAUCGU